AUGUCAAGCGAUAAGAGCUCUCAAUCACGCAUAGGUAACUACCUGAUUACAUACCUUAUGACUUUGCUCAAUGAAGCUUACGACUUCGAAACGUUAGCUCAACAUGCCACAGUUCGAGGCAAGUUUCAAGAGGCAAUUGAAUAUCACAAGCAAGCUUAUGACACAUUUGGCAAAUUAUUGCUUGAGCUUGACAAUCCGGAAGCAACUCGUGCUGUGGAGGUCCUACGAACCUCCGUCAAGAACAGGCUUGGACAACUGAAAAUCCUUCAAGAGAAUGAAACUGCUAAAAAAGUCAAAGAGUCAACAAAAAACGAACCAAAAGUGAAUUUUUCCUUUGACCAAGCCAAAAUCAUAAAGUCCAUCGUUGGAAACAUAAACACCAUUUUAAUUCGGAAUCUUAACGUUGAUUUGAACGACAAGGAUGUAAAUAAACAGAGUCUUCUUAGGUUGGAAGAUAGGUCCCCUUAUACACAAGCUGGGGAGAGAGACAGCGCAAAAGAGUCAGAAAGAUUAUUACUUCUUUAUAAGAACAAAUGCCAGCAAAACGCUGACUUCGUCAUGGAACUGUAUGAGUUUCUAAACAAUAUAUUAAAGACUCAGAACCCGUCAAGCCUUUUAUCUUCACAAGAUCAACUGGAACCCAAAAACACAGAACUGAAUAGAUACAAGUCUAUCAUUGGACAGUUGCAAGAAAAGAUAUCAGCUCUUGGACGAGAUAAGGUCAUUCUGGAGUCCCAAUUAAUACGAAGACGAAGACAACGAUUCGAACCUGAUUAA